AUGAAGCUGACCCUGGACCUGUUAUCAGCCCAACUCAGCUUCACUCCUCUGCUGCAUGUAGAGAACGCCACACAGGCCAGACUCAACAACAAGCUGACCAGCUUGUUAUGGACGGUCCAUGAGCCGACCACGGUGGCUCUGACACUCAUGUACUGCCUGUCCUUCCUGGUGGGGUUCGUAGGGAACAUCAUGUCAAUGAAGGUGCUGACCAACCGACGUAGCGAGAGGCUAGCCGCGGUCAGCGCCACACGGUACCUCCUGGUUAACCUGGCGGUGUGUGACCUGGCCGUGGUGUGUGUCUGCAUGCCCAUAACGCUGGGUCACCAGAUCUACUCGGCCUGGGUCUACGGGGACUUCCUCUGCCGAGCGGUCCCCUUCACCCAGGCCGUCUCCGUGUCGGCUAGCGUGCUAACGCUUACGGUCAUCAGUGUCAAUCGUUACUUCAGUGUACGCUGCCCGCUCCGUGCCCGCUCCCUCUUCACCCGCCGCCGGAUCCUAGGGACGGUCGCCGUGGUGUGGGUGGUGUCAUCAGCGAUCUGCUCCCCAUUGGUGUUCAUGAACCGGCGAGAUGAGAUCAGCCUGGGGGCGUCGUUUGUGAUCCCUGUGUGCCAGGAGGUGUGGCCGGGGCCGCGUCUGAAACAGGGCUACACCGUCCUGCUCUUCGUGGCGCUCUACUGCAUCCCCGUGACCUUUAACCUCACCAUCGGCUUCCUGACUGGUCGCCGGCUCUGGGGGGACGGGAAGCGGAUGUUUACGGAACUCGACUCUCGAAGCCGAGCGCUGCACACUGAGUGCCUCAAGACGAGGAAGAAGAUCGCCAAAAUGGUGGUGGCCCUGGUCCUGCUGUUUGCUGUUUCCUGGCUGCCCCUGUAUCUGGCUGAGUUCUGGAUCGACCGAGUGCAGCAUCCGCCAUCUUGGCUCAUGCAGACCCAGCCCUUUGCCCAGUGGCUGGGCCUCACCAACUCCAGCCUCAACCCUAUCUGUUACUGUUUCAUAGGUGACCUCCACCGUGGGGCCAAGGUGUUCCGUACCCACUACCACCGCCGGAUCGCUGCUCUCUUUGGUUCCUCUUUCGCCAACUCCGCCACGACCACUGCCGCCGAGGGAGGAGUAGCUGCGGCAACCGUGGCCGCGUCCACGGCAACCAUUCCUAAGUUGUUUACCUUCUCCAGGGGUACAGGGGGGCCAGGCAAGAUGGAGGACGGGUCUGAUAACAGUCUGUCUGACUGGUACAAGUCCAGCCCCAGUCCGCGGGGUCACCAGGGUCCAGGUUCAAGUCAGCAGGGUCAUCUACUUCUGGGCUUCCCCCUGUGGACGCUAACGUCCCACAUACCCUAG